AUGGCCGCCAGGCGCACCGACGACGACCGCCCCGACGCCUGGCCAGCCCCCGCCGCCGUCAACGUCGUCACCCGCGUCCCCGCCCCCGCCCCGCCGCGCCGCGACAUGCACCACCACCCCCCGCCCGCCGCACCGCCCGCCGCCAGCGAGGGUCCGUCCUCCGCCGGCUGGACGCUCAUGGUCGCCGGCCAGCGCUCCGGCAAGACCUCCUUCCUCCGCCUCCUCCUCGACACCAGCGACGUCGCGCCCUCGGCCAGCCACGACCAGGUCGCCGCCGUCGCCAAGUUCGUCCAGGGGUGCAGCAGCCACACCACCCAUCUCCGCCAGGCCGCCGUGGACGUGCUCGUGCCCGAUAUGGACGACCACACACGUCGUCUCGUCACCCUCGCCGUUAUCGACACCCCGUCGCUCGACUUUAGUGACGAGGGCGCCCUCGAGCGGCAGACCCAGGACAUUCUCCAGUUCGUCGACGCCAAGUUUGCCGAGAGCUGCGACGAUGACUACAAGGCCAGGACCGGCGACCACCACGUCCACCUCUGCCUGUACUUCCUGGACCCAGACGUUAUCGUGCCGCCACAGGUCCCGAGCGCGCCUCCGCCCAUGGUUCCUAGGGCGCGGACUUCUUCCCAUACAGACGGCGAACCCUUCAUCCUCGAAGCGCCGGUCACGACCAACCCGCUGCUUUACACACCCGUCGUCCCCGCUGCGGAGAUCGAGACCAUACGCCGGCUCUCCGCCCGCGUGAACGUGCUCCCCGUGAUUGCACGCGCCGACACGCUCACGAACGACCGGCUCGCGGCCGUCAAGAUGGCCGUGCGCAACGACCUCGCCCGCGCGGGUAUCGGCUUUGGCAUCUUCGACCAGUCCGAGGAGGACGUCUCGCCGCUCAUGUCUCGGCCUGCCUACUCGAAUGGAAAUGGACAUGCUUCUCGCAUCUCGCCGCCUUCUCCUCCGCGCGUCCCGUACGCGCUGAUUUCCCCCGACCUCUAUGCUCACAGCGACGGAGCCGCCCAAGUCCCUCUGUCGCGUCACGAGCUGAUAGAACAGUACACUCCUUCCCAUAACCGCCCCUCUAACCUCGUCCUCGGAAAAUACACCCGCACGUAUCGCUGGGGCUCGCUAGACGUCCUUGACCGCAAACAUUGCGAUUUCCUCUACCUUCGCGCCGCCAUAUUCCAUCAUAUGGAGACGUUGCAUACAUAUACCAAGGGCUACCUCUUCAAGCGAUACAAGACAGAGGUUCCGGCACACCGGAUGCAGGCGCCCGUCCAUCACCCGGUAUCCCAACACAGUCGACGCCUCCCUCCGCUCUCCGAGGUCUCGAGAAGCCUCCCCGCAUUGGAAGCACCACAUCCAGCCGCGGCAGUGGACCGGCAUUCCUCCCUUGGUACCCCGCUCACUCUCAGGGCCGACCCACGGGUAGCGGGAUCUGGCAUUCUCGGUCCAGAGGUCGCCGUCCAUCCUCCGACCGAUAAAGCUCCCUAUCCCGAUCCGAGUCUUUACAAGCAGCGGGCCAAGAAGAUCCCCGUGGCCUGCAACUUCUGCCGAUCCCGCAAGCUGAAAUGCGACGGAGGACGGCCCGCGUGUAGCCAGUGCCUCAAGCGUGGCAACACCUGCGAUUACAUUCACAACGUCAAGCGCCGAGGCCCAGGCCGGCCGCCGAACCAAUUCGGGGACAGCGGGAGCGAAGCGGAGAGCAGCAUCGGCCGAUCCCCUUACGACACCCCCUCGCGGUCCCCGGAGGUGCAAAUGCAUCCGCCGCGCAACGGAUCGACCGUGGACAUGCUCUUGUCAGCCGAAUCCGCGCAUCCAGCGGCAAUGAGCGUUUACGGUCCGCCCGAAGACUCGCUCUCUGUGCAUCGUCAUCGUACGGACGGCAGGCCGCGGUCCAAUACCCUCGGCGGCUCGUCAACAUCGUCAGGUCACGCAGAACCCCCCUUCAACGAGCGGCAUCUGCCUCAAAUGCCGUUCUCCUCUCCGCCGUCACCUGUCCAACGUGACAAUGGAUCAUACUCGGCGAACAGGUCCGGGAUGGAUCCGCCCCCGACCGCGAAAAAGCGCGGCUCCGUCUUCGUGCGGGGACACCGACAGUCACACGGUUCCAAGGUCGUCGCUUGCAACUUCUGCAGAGCACGCAAGACCAAGUGUGACUCUGUCCAUCCAACGUGCGCGAGCUGUGCCCGCAGGCAGUUGCCCUGCAGCUACAUAAACGGCGCCUCCGGCAGAAGCGCGGGGUCCAGCGAGUCUAGAGCGAAGGAGGAAUCCAACCCUUCUUCGCCCUCGCCCUCGCCUCCGCCUUCGGCUGACCGUGUCUCCUUGAACCGUAUCUCCUCCGCGGACAGGUACCCGCACGAAGACGAGUACACCGAUGGGAGCGACAUCGGUCCGCUUAAGAAGAUGCGCCUAGAGGGGAUGAACGACAGCCCCAUCGCCGUUGCCACACUGCUAAAAACAUAG